CCAGGACAUUCAUUAUGGGAUGAAAGGAGUUGUUUUAAUUACAAAAUUUUAAUUGAAUUAUUUCUAAAUCCUCACAUUCUUACACCAAUCAAUUCUUUCCCAUUAAAACCACAAGAUUAUAUUCAGGAAGUUCUUGUUCCUGAAACAGCAAUAAGAUUAAUAUUAGAAGAUAUUGGUGGUAACAAUUCUUUGGAAGUUGCACAAAAAAUUAUGAUAGAUAGUAGUGAUUUUGGCGAGUAA